GUAUUGAUAGCAGUAAAAAUGCUUUAAAAGUGGCAAAGAUUAACGCUGCUGCUUAUCAAAUCAAAAAUAUUAAAUUUUUUUCAAGUAAUUUAUUUGCCAACAUUCCAAAGGAGGAAAAAUUUAAUAUUAUUGUUUCUAAUCCUCCUUAUAUAAGUGCCACGGAAUAUAAAGACCUUGCAGUUUCAGUUAAAAAGCAGCCGCGAAAAGCUUUGGUAGCAAAGAAUAAUGGCUAUUACUUUUACCAAGAAAUUUUCCGACAAGUUGGUUUUUUCUCGACCAAGAAAUUUUUAUUAGUAGUUGAAAUUGGCCAUCAACAAGUUGAAACAAUUAUAAAAUUAGUAAUAAAUUAUUUUCCCCGAGGUAAAGUGUCUGUUUUUCCUGAUUAUUCUGGUAAUAUUCGAGUAAUUGCGCUCAAUGGUAGAGCUGUAGCCUUCCAAGCUACUGAUGGGGACCGAAAAGAUCUUAAUAUUAAAUUUGCUAAAGAUGAAACAAUUGAUGGCUAUGAAUUUAAAAAGGAAAAGGAGUACAAAAUUACAAUAGAAAAUAAGGAAGAGGAUGUUGAUUUAGAACAUGAUGCAGCUUUACCAGAAGGUACAUUUAAAGGAAAAAUAAAAGCACCCAAAAAAAGUGAUAGUGAUACAGAUACAGAAAAAGAUGUUGAAUUAGUUGAGAAAGAACUUGAUGUAAACACCGGAGAAUUGCAAAAAAACUUAGAAGUUUUACUGAAAGAGAGAAAAGAUUUAUUAGUUUUAGAAGUUGAUGCAGAAAAAUUUAGGGAAUUGGCACAAAAACCGGAAUUUGCGUGUGGAGGUGUAGUUCAAUUGGUAGAACAUCGGCCUUCAGAUCCGAUUGUUGUGGGUUCAAGUCCUGCCACCUCUGCCAAAAAAGCCCAGAUUCAGCGGAAUUGUGGUAAAACGCCUCCCUGUCACGGAAAUGAGAAAAUUAAUCCAGUUCCAGAAGUAAGGAUAACAAUUAAAGAUUCAAAAAAUAUCCCUAUAAAAAAUUUUUCGGAAUUGACUAGGGAGCGUGCGAAGAAUAAAGUUGAGGUUUUUAUAGAUUUUUUUGUUGAAAAAACAAACACAAGAAUUGAGGAUGACGAGUUAAUAGCUCAAUAUAAUUUAAAGGCACGUGGUUCAGAGGCUGCAUACCUACAUAAUAAAAAAGAAGCUCUCACUAAACACCUUUGUGAAAAAUUACUCGCUAAUUCUGCAAAAUCACACGUUGUUCACAAGGAAGAAAUCAACAAUGAAAGUGGUAAUGAUGAAUUAGAGUGUAAUAUAGUAAAAUUCCCAAUUGAUAAUAGUGAUGGCACCCAAAAAGAUGAGAUUGUGAUAAAAAUAAGAAAAAAAGGUGCUCCAUCUAUUCAAGACGUUGAAGUUCAGAUCGAAAAUAUUACAUUAGUACCUAAUUUUAAUUUGCCUAGGAGAGUUGAUGAAGUAAUAACUUUUUCUUCUCCUUCGAAAUCACCGAAACCAUUUUGA